AUGGCGCAGGAUGUCGCUGCUUGGAGCAGUGAAGCAGAACGAGUGGAGUGGUUCCGCGCACGUGCCGACAAACACCGCCACAACGAAGAGGUCAACAAAUUACAUGAAGAGUUUCGACGGACGAUACGUGCUUGGCGGCGCAUGGAUGAGGCAUGGUGGAAUGUAGGGGAGAAGGAAGGCAUGGAGAGGGGGGCUCAGGCAUAUGCGAUGAAAAAGGCAAGGAUGUAUGGAAGGAAGGCUGCAGAGUGCGAGGUGACUUUCAGCAAAGCGAGGAAUGAUGUGGAUGGGGAAAAGCUCGACUACAGUCAGCUCAAGGGGGUUACUACUGCCGUGGGUAGCAAGAGCAAGCACGGAUGA